UGUUUGCACACUUUUAGAACGGAGGGUAUUAUAGCUUUUCGUCCUUUGUCAGAUAUAAUCGUUAGGUAGCACAUAAUUGUAAAAAAAACAAAAUUCCAAAAUAAUAAAAAAAUAACCCAUUACAAAUGUUUCGUUCUCUAUCCGUGCUGAUGUUCAAUACAUCUCAAAUAGAGACAAAUCUCUUUGGCAUGGCCGACGAUGUGUACAAUACCAUUGAGAUCUUCAAGGAGGCUGCCAGUUUCGAGGCCAGGAUUGGUAGACCCUAUAGAAUGAUUUCGAGCCUUAUAGACUGCUUGGUCUUCAUGGUGGUGGCUCUAAUGGUGGUCGGUUUCAUCAUGCACGAUCGCAUUAUGCUGUUCACAAAACUGGCUAGGAUCAAUCAGAGAAUUAACCAAGAGGUGACGGUAAAAUCAAAAAGGAUUCGAAAGUCCAAAACAUCCGAUUCUCUCCCAGAAGAAGAUGAUACCGUUAAUGCUGUGGAUCAGUCAGAAGAGGACGGAAUCAGCGUGGCAAAUUCCGAAUAUGCAACAGAUGACGAUAUCGCAACCCUUCAACCCAUUGACGAUGAGGAUACGAGUAAAGCCGCAAUGCUCGGAACUCCCAAAUGGGCCUUUAAAUGGCUAGCCACUAUAAGAAACAAAAGUUUCGGAUCGAUUUACGAUGGUUGGUUCCGGUAGAUUGCAUCUACGCGUCACACAUUGUAAAUCGGAUUAGUCAUUUUCUGAGUUCCAUGACAUACGGAUUUGCGGUUGACGAUUUAAAUUGGUUAUUAGGCAGAUUCAAGUACCAUAAAUUAGCUUAUUACACUCGAUAUGUAUAUGAACAUCCACAUACGUUUAAAAAACGAACAUGACUCAUUUAGUAACGAAUGCAUUUAGCAAUAAAGGAAAAUCCUAAAGUGA